CCGGGUUCGCUUGCCUCGUCAGCGUCCGCGUUUUUCCCGGCCCCCCCCAACCCCCCCGGACAGGACCCCCUUGAGCUCGUCCCUCAGCUGCCACCAUGAGCGACCAAGAUCACUCCAUGGAUGAAAUGGCAGCUGUCGUGAAGAUUGAAAAGGGAGUCGGUGGCAAUAACGGGGGCAAUGGGAAUGGUGGUGGUGCCUUUUCUCAGGCCCGGAGCAGCAGCACUGGCAGCAGCAGUGGAGGCGGAGGACAGGAAUCCCAGCCAUCCCCUUUGGCUCUGCUGGCAGCAACUUGCAGCAGAAUUGAGUCACCCAAUGAAAACAGCAACAACUCCCAGGGCCCAAGCCAGUCAGGGGAUACAGGUGAGCUUGACCUCACGUCCACACAACUCUCACAGGGUGCCAAUGGCUGGCAGAUCAUCUCUUCCUCCUCUGGGGCUACCCCUACCUCAAAGGAACAGAGUGGCAACAGUACCAAUGGCAGCAAUGGCAGUGAGUCUUCCAAGAAUCGCUCCGUCUCCGGUGGGCAGUACGUUGUGUCUGCCACUUCCAACUUACAGAACCAGCAAGUCCUGACAGGACUACCUGGCGUGAUGCCUAAUAUUCAGUAUCAAGUAAUUCCCCAGUUCCAGACCGUGGACGGGCAGCAGCUGCAAUUCGCUGCCACUGGCGCCCAAGUUCAGCAGGAUGGUUCUGGUCAGAUUCAGAUCAUACCUGGCGCGAAUCAGCAGAUCAUCACAAACCGAGGGAGCGGAGGCAACAUCAUUGCUGCUAUGCCGAACUUACUCCAGCAGGCCGUCCCCCUUCAAGGCCUGGCUAACAACGUGCUCUCAGGACAGACUCAGUACGUGACCAAUGUCCCCGUCGCCCUGAAUGGGAAUAUCACCUUGCUACCUGUUAACAGCGUUUCUGCAGCUACUUUGACUCCUAGCUCUCAGGCGGUCACGAUCAGCAGCUCUGGGUCCCAGGAGAGUGGUUCACAGCCAGUCACCUCAGGGACUUCCGUCAGUUCCACCAGUUUGGUCUCAUCACAAACCAGUUCCAGCUCCUUUUUCACCAAUGCCAAUAGCUACUCAACAACGACCACCACCAGCAACAUGGGAAUUAUGAACUUUACCACCAGCGGAUCAGCAGGGACCAACUCUCAAGGCCAGAACCCCCAGAGGGUCAGCGGGCUGCAGGGAUCGGAUGCGCUGAACAUCCAGCAGAACCAGACAUCUGGAGGCUCGCUGCAAGCAAACCAACAGAAAGAGGGAGAGCAAAACCAGCAGACACAGCAGCAGCAGCAGCAAAUUCUCAUCCAGCCCCAGCUAGUUCAGGGGGGCCAGGCCCUCCAGGCCCUGCAGGCGGCACCAUUGUCAGGGCAGACCUUUACAACUCAAGCUAUCUCCCAGGAAACCCUCCAGAACCUCCAGCUUCAGGCUGUUCCAAACUCUGGCCCCAUUAUCAUCCGGACACCGACGGUGGGGCCUAAUGGACAGGUCAGUUGGCAGACUCUCCAGUUGCAGAAUCUCCAAGUUCAGAACCCACAGGCCCAGACAAUCACCUUGGCCCCCAUGCAGGGUGUUUCCUUGGGACAGACCAGUAGCAGCAAUACCACCCUCACACCCAUUGCCUCAGCUGCCUCCAUCCCCGCUGGCACCGUCACUGUGAAUGCUGCGCAACUCUCCUCCAUGCCUGGCCUCCAGACCAUCAACCUCAGCGCGUUGGGUGCUUCAGGGAUCCAGGUCCACCAGCUUCCAGGCCUGCCAUUGGCUAUAACGAAUACCCCAGGGGAUCAUGGAGCUCACCUUGGCCUCCAAGGGGCUGGUGGUGAUGGAAUACACGAUAGCGCGUCGGGUGGCGAGGCAGGGGAGAACAGCUCGGACACCCAGCCCCAGGCUGGCCGCAGGACCCGGCGGGAAGCGUGCACCUGCCCCUACUGUAAAGACAGCGAAGGGAGGGGCUCUGGGGAGCCUGGUAAAAAGAAGCAGCACAUUUGCCACAUGCAAGGCUGUGGCAAAGUAUAUGGCAAGACGUCACACCUACGGGCACAUUUGCGUUGGCAUACAGGCGAGAGGCCAUUUUUGUGUACCUGGUCCUACUGUGGGAAACGCUUCACACGUUCCGAUGAGCUACAGAGGCACAAACGUACUCACACAGGCGAGAAGAAAUUUGCCUGCCCUGAAUGUCCCAAGCGCUUCAUGAGGAGUGAUCACCUGUCAAAGCAUAUCAAGACCCACCAGAAUAAGAAGGGAGUCCCGGGUGUGGCCCUGAGUGUGGGCACUCUGCCCCUGGACAGUGGGGCCGGUUCAGAAGGCAGCGGCACUGCCACCCCUUCUGCUCUUAUAACCACCAACAUGGUAGCCAUGGAGGCCAUCUGUCCAGAGGGCAUUGCCCGUCUUGCCAACAGUGGCAUCAACGUCAUGCAGGUGGCGGAUCUGCAGUCCAUUAAUAUCAGUGGCAAUGGCUUCUGAGAUCAGUCUCCCGGGGCCAGAGACACAUGGGCCAUCCCCAUCAACCCUGGGAUGCAAAGUAGCAUGGGUCCAAGAGACAUGUGGGAAAGAGAGCCAUGAGGCAUUAAAAUGCAUGGUGGUGGGAAGAAUGGGGAAGAGAAACGGGAAGAUACGGGGUCCUGGCACCCACCUAUCAUCAGUACCUCCUUGAAGUGGGGAAUAUUAGUGGAAAUUUGUUGGUGCCACCCUUUGAGCAUUUGUUUGACCCCAGAUAGUUUCUUCUUACCCCAGCCUCCCCCUCCUGCGUUUGUCUUCUUAGCUUCCCCAUGAUGGACCCCCCCUUUCCUAAAGCCAUCAUGCCUUGAUAAAUAUAUAUGAUCAUUGAAAUACUUUUUAACAAGAAACAGAUUCUAUAUUAUAUAUAUAUAUACAUAUAUAUAUAAAAGAUAUAUAGAGAUGCAUUCGCAGGGGUUGGCUGGGAGGAGAAAAGAGACCAUUCUGUGACCAAAAUGUUGGUCAUGUUUUUUAUAUUGCCUUAUUUCCUUAUGGCUGAGCCUGUGACACAUAAGGCUUUUCUGUAGAUGUUGUCUUGGCUUCCCACCAGAUUAAGCAUUCAUAUUGCUCUGCUUUUAGUUCAUAUAUACAUACAUAAUGUUUUUCCUUUCUUAUUUGUCUUUUUAUUUGGGAUCAGCUUCUUGCACUCCUUUCCUGACUCACCCCUCUCUGUCUCCCCUUCUCUCACCUGAUCACUUCAUGUUUUGUUUUUGCUAGUGAUCCUGGAUGAGUGAUUUAUGUCCAUCUUGAAAAUUCAUAGUCCCAGCAGCAGAAUGGAGAAUCUUUGAAACCCAGGGUGAUGCUUGAGGUAGCUAUAGAGAGUCUUCAAAGUACUACUGACGCAGGCACCCUCUUGGUGCUGGAGAAUGGACGGCACCAGUCUUCAUUAGCUGCUCUAAGCAUUUACAAAUCAGAAGUCUUUCUAUGGAAUUGUAUACGAGACCCUUUGAAGUUAUAAUCUGGGAUCGGUUUGUAUAAACUGUUAAAAGGUCAAAUAAUAGGUAGGGGCUUUCAGUAGGAAAAUGAUGUGCUCAGAAGGGGAAGUGUGACUCAUGGUAGUCUGGAGUUUGUGAGAAUUUUGGACUCGUACAGCUGUCUUCCAGAGUAGCUCUAAGCUUCGAUACUUGGGCUUCUGAGUUCUCAUUCGAAAGGAAACACGUUUCCUCUUUUCAACAUCCCCAGUAGUUUCUUUUCCAUUAUGUUCUUAAGGAGGAUCAGCCAGUGAAUCUGUUCAGUUUCCAUUCUUCAGAACUCCAGAGCAGAUCCUAGUGGUGAGGCAAUGGUUCUCUGAUCUUUUCCCUUAACCUUAUUUAGGUAGUUCCUAAGGGAAAAGGAAGCACAUGAUCAUGGGAAUGACAGCCCAGAACAAAAAGGAAUCUUGUCUUAACCACUGUGGUGUAUAGGAGAGAUCGGUCAAAACCAUUCUAUUUUCUCCGUGGCCUGAUUCCUGAAGAGACUGAUCCAAAAAUUAUAGCGGCAGGGAAUUCUUAGUGCAUUUGGCACUGAGAUUUAAAUGUAACCAGAGUUGUCCUCAAGGCCCAGCCAUUAAAACAUUGUCUCUCUUGACCUUCUGGUAUCUUGUUAGAGAGAUUUUCACUGUGAGUAAGUGUGGAAAUGACUGUGUGAAUGUGUGUAAUCUGUUAGGUUGGGGAUAGGUUUUCUGUUAGCCAAUACUAAAAGAGACCUGCAAUAAAAAAAUUACCCUAAUCUGAUAGAAAGUGAAGUGUUCGUGUAUGACUGUGUAUGACUGUGUGUUUGUGCCUGUAUAUAUCUACACACAGAUGAGAAAUUAUAUUUGAAAUCGUUAUAAAAUAAAUCAAAUUCAGAUCAAAAUGCCUUUCAGGCCAUAACCUAGAAAUCUACCUUAAAAACUGGGUAUGUUCCUGAGGUCAUUUCUUUGCUUAUGCUAAAUUAGUUACAAUUAUGAAUGGGGGAUAUAUCCUAUUGCACUUUUAAAAGAAGAAACUAUUUUUUUGUUUGAAAGUGAAAGCGACAUCCAGAUCUACAGCAAUCCUGGUACCUUUCAUAAGCCUUUUUUUACCCUGACUACAGAGAGAUGAUGCUAUGAUUGUUCUACAUAUUUUAUAUAAAAUCUAUCCAAGUUUCAUGUUUAACUUGAGAAACAAUAAUUGCUAAUAUUCUAAACAUUGUUCACUCUACUUGGUCAUUUCUAUGCGACUUAAUACUGUUUUUAAUACUCAGGAACUAUUGCAAGGAACUUUCCCCAAAUCAAAUUUUAUUAAUACUGAAGUAUAAGUUGUCCAUGCCCAACCACGUAACACCAUCUAUUUCCCAUGGAAAGGCAGAAUUCAAUAUCUGUUUUAGAAACCUAUAAUCAUGUACAUAGGCAUCUUUUGGAGGAAAGUAUAAACUCGAAAGUGUGCAGUAUUUUGCUAGAACAUUUCAAGUUACGGAAUCUCCAGUAUGAAAUUAUUAGGUGUAAAAUAGCUUAAUGACGCUGAGGAUUACAAGUGUUUAGAAGGUUAUUCGAUGAUGUUUUUCUCUGGGAUGGAACGCUGGUUUACCUUGAAAUCUUGGUUAACAUUGCUCCAAGUCAGUUUAUGUCCAGCUCUUUUCACUUCCCCAAUUUCCUUCUCACCAAAGAAGUUCCAAAUCUAGUAUCUUGUUUGGUCCCCAGACUGAAGCAGCUUCUGCUUUGGUUCCCUAGAAGCAGUGAGUCACUUGGUCUUGCCCACAGGAAGCGAGGAGCCUACAUUCCUUGAGUCAGGAGCUCAUUGCUGAGAAACCCUUCCCUGAACUUUUGGCAGCAGAAAUUAAUGUCACCUACAGGUAUCCUGAUUCCCACUUUUUUUUUUUUUUUUUAAUGAGUUGCUUGUUCAUUUAAGUUUUUGAGUGACCAAACCUUGCAGGGCAGGGGAUGCCCAGAGGAGUGCUGAUGGUGAAACACUCAUUUCCCUUGUCUUUUCAGGUUGUCCAUUCACAUUCAUCUGCUUACCAUUUGACUCUCACUUUUGAAAACAGCAGUAACGACUCAUACCAUCUUCCUUCAGGGAACUUCCAGCGGCACCGCAUUUGUGGGUGCCACGCAGAAUUCAGUUUGAUAGCUAUUUCUCAGCCUGGUUCUGGAUAAAGAGAACCAUUGAUCCCAGAAAGUAUAGACUGAAGUGUGGGGUAAAGAUUAUGAUUGGGGGAGGGUUAGAGACAAAGGCUGUAAAUUACUAUGGCUGAUUGAUUUAUUUCUACUAUAUACAUAUAUAUAUUUUUUGCUUUUGUAUAUCCUAUAUAGGAAACUAAGCAUUGUAUUUUUUUAACAAAUCUGAGAAAGCACUAUGAACUGCAGAUGUUUGACUUUCAGAAUAUAUUUUGUAUUGUUAAUAUCUUCACGUUGUGUGAAUACUGGAAGCUGCAGACCUUCGCUAGAACGCAAUAAAUUUAUAGACUUUU